AAACUUCUCUCUCCGCAAGCCGUAGCCACAGCCUGUUUUGCGUUAAAUGUUUGGAAGCAGCAUGCGAGCAAAAUAUUCAGGGAGUUGUAGAGCUGUCACGGCUUUGCACUUACAGGGGCUGUUCCGCAAGUAGAGAAACGUAUCUUCCUUCCUCUCUGUUGCCUUUUUUUUUUUUUUUAAUCCUGGUUUUUCAUUGUCUUCGAUUUAUGUCUGUGGUUUAUUUUGGUUAAACUGCAAUUCCCAGGUCUCCUGCCCUGGCCCUGCUGCAAAGGACUCGGGCAGGAGGCCAAAAGGGCAUCUGGGAUAAACACGGUACCAAAUGCCGUCCGUAUAUUCCAGGUGCUCUUGCAGGUCCCUCUGUAAUAAUCGCAGUGAGGAUGGUUUUGAUGCUCUCUCUGACAUGCAGGCAGCUGACUUUGUUCCAUUAAGUUGUGACUAAUUGGAGAAAAAUGAAUUUGAAGAAAUGCGUCAUUUUUAGAAGUAAAAAUAACAAAUGGAACAUGAAAAGUAUUUAAAGUGACAUCAUCAGAGAAAUAAAACCAGAGCCACACAAUUGAUUGCCACUCUCGGAGGGUUUGCAAGUAAAACAUGCCUCCGUCUCGUAAGUCAGGGGAAGCACCGGUCAGGGGCUUCUCAAAGGACAUUCAGCGUGAGUGAAGGUGAGUGAAGGUGAACUAUGGGAUGGUCACUUCUAAAUCAGACCCUCUGCUGGAUAUUCGUGCCUUUAUUCACUGGCUUUAUUUAUAUUUUACAGCUACGGCUCCAGCAGAGGAGGACCCGUGAGCAGCUGGCAGACCAAGGCAUCAUGCCACCACUGAAAAGCCCAUCUGCAUUCCAUGAACAGCGAAAAAGUCUGGAGCGAGCCAAGACUGAAGAUUAUCUCAAGCACAAGAUCAGAAGCAGGCCUGAGCGAUCAGACCUGGUCAAUAUGCACAUUUUACAAGACUCAGUUGCGGAGGGGUCCAUUCAGUCUACUCAAAUGAAGCUGAAAAGAGCCCGGCUGGCAGAUGAUCUCAAUGAGAAGAUUGCUCUCAGGCCGGGUCCUUUGGAGCUGGUGGAGAAGAAUAUUAUUCCUGUCGACUCAGCUGUGAAAGAGGCCAUAAAAGGCACCCAGGGCAGCUUCCCCAAGGCAAGCGAUGCCUUCGCCUUCGAGGAGGACAGCAGCAACGACGGGCUCAGCCCGGAGCAGCCACGCAGCGAGGACUCCCCGGGCUCCACCGAGUCGGCAGCCGGAGCCAAAGCCCCAGAGCCACCUCCCGCUGCCCCCACCGGGGUCGUCCAGGAUCACGCCCCCAGCACUGACGGCCACACACCGGACCCAGCCUCGGCGCAGGGCAGCCAGUGCGACAGCCCCAAGCAGGCAGCGGCACAGGAGAGCCUACCCCUGCCCGUGCCCUCCGCAGUGAAGUCCAAAUCAUCCAGUGACAGCAAAAACCGACACAAAAAGCCCAAGGACACCAAGCCCAAGGUGAAGAAGUUAAAGUAUCACCAGUACAUCCCUCCGGACCAGAAGGCAGAGAAGUCCCCUCCACCCAUGGACUCAGCGUACGCCAGGCUCCUCCAGCAGCAGCAGCUUUUUCUGCAGCUCCAGAUCCUGAGCCAGCAGCAGCAGCAGCAGCAGCAGCAGCAUUUCAGCUACCCAGGGAUGCACCAAGGCCAGCUACAGCAAUCAAAUGAGCAAAUGGCCAAAAGUUCAAAUUCUUCAUCAACCUCUGUCAACACCACCCCUCUCUCUCCUGUGAAAACCACCUUUUCAGGCCAAACGUGUGCCUCAUCUAUCAAGCCAGGCCCUCUGCCAUCUAACCUGGAUGAUCUGAAAGUGUCGGAACUGAGACAGCAGCUCCGAAUACGAGGCCUGCCUGUGUCAGGUACCAAAACAGCGCUGAUGGAACGACUGCGGCCCUUCCAGGAGUGCGGCAGCAACGCUGUGCCAAACUUCAGUGAGAUCACUACCGUCACCUUCCCAGUCACCCCAACAAGCACCCUGUCAGGUUACCAGUCACAGUCCUCCACCAGCAUGUUAUCCAAUGGCUUCUACCACUUCGGUAGCACCAGUUCCACCCCACCCAUCUCUCCAGCCUCCUCCGACCUCUCUGUGAGUGGCUCUUUGCCAGACACCUUCAACGAUGGGCCCAUGUCUUCUCCCCAGUUUGCUCUCCAGCCAUCUCCAGUUCAUGGCAACGCUGAAGAAAGCCUCAUGAGCAGCAUGAAUGGAGGGAGCAUCCAGCUGGAGCUGGAAGGGAUUGACACAGAGAAAGACAAGAUGCUGGUGGAGAAGCAGAAGGUCAUCAAUGAACUGACAUGGAAGCUGCAGCAAGAGCAGAGGCAGGUGGAAGAGUUACGGAUGCAGCUCCAGAAGCGAAAGAGAAGCAACGGCCUUGAGGAGAAGCAGCAGCCCGCUCAGCAUUUCUUUGGUGUCCCCAUCAAGCAAGAAAAUGCAGUGUCCAGCUGUCCAUUUGCAUCCAAACAAACUGCCUUGAAAGGCCAAGCCAGCAGCUCGGAUAAGUUAAGUAACUGUGGGGUGCAGCAGCUGCCUCACAUUGUAAAUAGCCACUGCUUGGAGCCCGCAGGGCAAAGCACCAUCACCUCCUCAACAUUCCUGAGCCCGCAGUGCUCCCCGCAGCACUCUCCACUCGGAGCUGCCAAGAGCCCUCAGCACAUCAGCCUCCCGCCGUCCCCCAACAGCCACUAUCUCCUCUCGGUGUCCCCUGGCUCGCAGGCAGAAGGGCGCAGCGGGUCCCCGCAGACCAACAGUUGCCUUCGCCCAGCAUCAAUGGCAGGUCAAAAGUUUUCUAUUCCAUCCCCAAGUUUUUGUAAGUCAAGCCCAGUCCUCUCAGAGGUAAAGCAGCCUCCACCCUAUGAGGACGCAGUAAAGCAGCAGAUGACACGAAGUCAGCAGAUGGAUGAGCUCCUGGACGUGCUGAUUGAGAGUGGAGAAAUGCCAGCCAAUGCCAAGGAAGAUCGGUCCUGCCUCCAGAAAGUACCUCAGAUAACGGUCUCCACAGGGAACUCCAGCGCUUCUCUGCCAAAGUCAUCUGCCCCGUUCGAGCAGGUGUCCUCAGCCCAGCUGCCCUUCGAGCACUGUCCGGGCAGCAAUGAUGCUCACCUCGAAGUCCUGCUGAACGCCCACAGUCCCCUGGGGAGGGUCAGUGAAAUCGCCCUGCUGAAGAUGGGAGGAGAAGAGUCCCACUUUGAAGGGAUGAUGGAGGGGUUCUCCGGCAAAGCCGCAGAUGAACUGCUCACCUCCCAGGAGAUUUUACAGACUCCCCUCUCGCCCAUGGAAACCCAGCUCUCCCCUUCCCCUGCCGAUGGCUCUGGUUUACAAAUGAGUUUCACUGAGUCUCCGUGGGAAACAAUGGAGUGGCUGGACCUCACCCCCCCCAGCUCCGCCACCGGCUUUGGUUCGCUCACCCCAGCAGGUCCCAGCAUCUUCAACAUCGAUUUCCUAGAUGUCACCGACCUCAAUCUAAACACCAGCAUGGACCUGCACCUGCAGCACUGGUGAAAGGGAGGGGGUGGACGCAGGAUCCUGUAAGCCUGCAGCAGCCAGCACAGUGUUUCUGUCGUGCCAGAGCACACACAGGGCUGAUGUGCCACAUCCAGGGGAAACUGGAGUCAUUUUCCCACCAUAUAAACUUGUUUGAAUUUCCAGUUACAGCAAAUUGACAGCACAACAGCUCUGGUGCUUUGGUUUUCUUCCAUCAACACCUCCCAGAGAGGAUAUCAGUGCCUUUAACAACACUUCUUUGGCUUGACAAGAACUUCAGUUUUGUUUCUCUUAUCUCCCUCCCCCUCCCCCAGUUUUAGCAAUCACUCUUGUGAGAACUGGAGCAGCUCAUGACAAAACUGUGUGGUGAGGAGACCUCAUCUGGACAGCAAUGGGAAAUCAUGGAGAGGAGACACCAUUGCUGUCUCCUCCUCUACUCCCCUCCUGCUGGUCCAGCCCUUUAGGCAGUCCUGCUGGGCUCAUCUUGGCCAUGCCCGGGGCCAGGGGUGUAGAAGCAGAGAGGCUCUGCCCAGCGAGGGUUCAAGCACACUUUGUACAGCCAGGCUUACCUUGCUUCCUUCCUCCUGGUCCUGAAGCUGUGCUGCCCAGCCCCUGUAAAGCUCUGCUCCAGGUGGAUGAGAGAUGGAGACCACCACCACGUUCAUGGUGGCACCUUGACAUGUCCUUUUGGUUCCUGGGGAGCUGAAAGCCCGGGAGCCGUCUCAGCUGCAGUCUGAACUGAAUCAGGCCCGUGACCGUGGAGCAGAGAGCUUUGGGCAUUGGUGGCAGCUGCUCAGGCUGUCGGUUCAGGUAUCGAAGGGACACAGCACCCCGGUGGAGCUGCCGCGUCCUGGCUUGUGCGGUACAGACAAAGAGAUGUGUAACGUGUUUUGGCCCAAGGUAGGAGCAAGUCAUAUGGAAAAUACAGGCUUUGGAGGGGCUGUCCUUUGCACAGCCAGAAGCCAGGAUGGAUAUCCACCACCUUGCAUGACCUGGGAGCAGCCGGAGCCAGAAACAGGCACUCAGUGACCUGCAGCGGGGCAGGGCUGAGCAGGCCUUUGCAUGGCUAUGGUUUUGUGCAAGCGUCUGCUUUUGUCGCCUCCACUUCUCCUCUAUCCAACCCUCCAUCCUUCCUGCCAUUCCUCCUUGAUCUCCAGCAGUCAUCCCCUUCUUCCCAAGGUUAUUCCAGUGUCAGCGUUCACUCAGCCCAGAGCAAGGCCAUCCGGAGAACAGCUGUGAAUCACCGAGCCUGGAGGAGCUGGUUCUCCAGAAGCCGGAAGAGAUGGAUGCUCUCCUGCAGUGAUGCCUCCCAUUUGAAGUCACCAGCAUUUCUCCUACGAGUCGCCGUGCAAUAUACUUCCUCAGGCUCUAGCGAGAAAGGAGCCUUUGCUUCUCUUCUUGGCCUUCACCAAAGAACUUGCUGCGGACUGUUUGACAGACACAUCGACUUCUUUGCAAUUCUGGUUUUGCCAAAGUAAAUAUUGUUGCUGACAAAGAUUGUUAAACUAUUUACAGACUGAGUGUAUUUAAUAUUUGUGUUACUGGAAGGACAGCACCUCGGAGGCGCAGCAGCUGGGGAGGAGGAGGUCCAGCAGCCGUGGCUCCCGCAGGGAUGCCGGAGCUGUCGGAGGAGGCUCUGCAGCCCCCGCUGUGUCUCCAGUUCAUGGCCUUGUUGCAUGCUGUAUAAAGCACACGGCAGUCUCUGUCAAAGUCACUAUUUAAAGCACCACUUUUCUAUUGUACAAAUGGUCACCGUGCACUGCUAGGAUAGACGAUCACAGGUUGUGUUGGGUUGGUUUUUUUUUUUUAAGUCAUUUCUUUUUCUAAGUGAGACAUUUUCCGAAGCUGGGAAGCUGGUCCGUGGGGAAUAUUAAUGGCACUUGAAACAGAGUAGUGUUAGCUGCUCCACUGCGUCGUUGUACAGCGCUUUCCAGAUAACUCUCAGCAAACCUGUUUCCUUAUUUAAAGGGAUGCUGUCAGCUUCAAUCUUGUAAGCAAGCACAUUUCCUUACUUAUGUUACCAGUAACACCUUCAUUAUUAAAACCCCCUUUGUCUUGCCACUCGUCUGCUUGCAGU